CAGUUCGAUUCCUCAUGUCCAAAUAAAAAUUACAAGUAUAUAGUCUUCUUCUUCCCCUUUCACUUCAAUUUUAGGUUUUACAAAGAUUUAUACUUUGCUAUUAUUCUCCAUUGCCACACUUCAAUUGCAGUUAUAUUUGCGACUGGAACUUCCCGGGGUUCUGAUAUUCUCAGCGGAGACGGCCAAGAAAACCCUAAAUUCCAAACCCUAACUUCAGAGCUGAUCAUACGAGAGUAACAAAGUUUCCGUUAAUUCAAACAUGGAGGACGACGACUAUGAGGAAUACGUCCCAGUGGCAAAACGUCGGGCAUUAGAGGCGCAAAAGAUUCUUCAAAGAAAGGGAAAAGCCUCUACUUUAGAAGAUGAACUCGAUAAAUCAAAUCUCGCCGAAGCAAAACCUAGCCUCCUCGUCAAGGCUUCCCAACUCAAGCGCGACCAACCUGAGAUUACCCCGACCGAGCAAAUUGUGCAGCAAGAGAAGGAGAUGAUCGAGCAUUUAUCAGACAAGAAAACCCUAAUGUCAGUUCGUGAACUAGCUAAGGGAAUCACGUACUCCGAACCGCUAUUGACCGGGUGGAAGCCGCCUCUUAUGAUUAGACGAAUGUCGAAAAAGCAGUGUGAUGCAAUUCGGAAACAGUGGCAUAUCAUAGUUGAUGGGGAUGAAGUUCCUCCACCGAUUAAGAAUUUUAAGGAUAUGAGGUUUCCUGAGCCUAUUUUGAAGAUGCUUAAAGCGAAAGGGAUUGUGCAGCCUACUCCUAUUCAAGUGCAGGGUCUUCCUGCUAUCUUAACAGGACGUGAUAUGAUUGGUAUUGCUUUUACGGGUUCUGGGAAGACGCUUGUUUUUGUGCUUCCUAUGAUUAUGACUGCUUUACAGGAGGAAAUGAUGAUGCCCAUUGCGCCUGGAGAAGGUCCCUUUGCGUUGAUUAUUUGCCCGUCUAGAGAACUUGCUAGACAGACUUAUGAAGUGGUGGAGGAGUUUUUGGGUCCUAUGAAAGAAGCUGGCUAUCCGGAGUUGAGGCCAUUGCUUUGCAUUGGUGGAGUCGAUAUGAGGUCGCAGUUGGAGAUUGUGAAGAAGGGUGUCCAUAUUGUUGUUGCUACGCCCGGGAGGUUGAAGGACAUGCUAGCAAAGAAGAAAAUGAAUCUCGAUAACUGCAGGUAUUUGACAUUGGAUGAGGCAGAUAGACUGGUAGAUUUAGGGUUUGAGGAUGACAUAAGGGAAGUCUUUGAUCACUUCAAAUCUCAAAGGCAAACACUUCUAUUCUCUGCUACUAUGCCCACAAAAAUACAGAACUUUGCCAGAAGUGCUCUGGUAAAGCCUGUCACUGUUAACGUUGGAAGAGCAGGAGCUGCAAACCUCGAUGUCAUUCAGGAGGUUGAGUAUGUAAAACAGGAAGCUAAAAUAGUUUAUCUCCUGGAGUGCCUACAGAAGACACCACCUCCUGUUCUGAUUUUUUGUGAGAACAAGGCUGAUGUGGAUGACAUUCAUGAAUAUCUCCUCCUAAAGGGAGUUGAGGCUGUGGCUAUUCAUGGAGGCAAAGAUCAAGAAGAGAGAGAAUAUGCAAUAUCGUCCUUCAAAGCAAGCAAGAAAGAUGUUCUGGUUGCCACUGAUGUUGCCUCAAAGGGUCUGGAUUUUCCUGACAUUCAACAUGUGAUAAACUAUGAUAUGCCCGCAGAAAUUGAAAACUAUGUUCACAGGAUUGGAAGAACCGGAAGGUGUGGUAAGACAGGAAUUGCAACAACCUUCAUUAACAAAAACCAAACGGAGACCACACUCCUUGAUUUGAAGCAUCUACUGCAAGAAGCAAAACAGAGGAUACCUCCUGUUUUGGCGGAGCUAGAUGAUCCAAUGGAAGAUGGAGACACGAUAACUAAUGCAAGUGGAGUUAAGGGCUGUGCCUAUUGUGGUGGGCUUGGUCAUCGCAUCCGUGAUUGCCCCAAGUUGGAGCAUCAGAGAUCGCAGCAACUUGCUAACUCUAGAAGGGAUUAUUUUGGUUCUGGAGGAUAUAGGGGAGAAAUCUGAUAUAGUUACAGCUUCUUCAGCUGAUCUGGUUUGCAGGAUUUUAUUUUUGUUUUCUGUCAAACAUCUUUAAUGGCAUUGUCAAAUGAAAAAUGCCGAUAUUAUUGUAUAGCAGAAUGACAAAGUAAUCUUGGUUUACAUCUAUUGGAAAAUCAGUUUUUGCGAA